AUGGCUUAUUUUCCUGAUGCUAAUACAUUAGCAAAAUGUAGCUAUGAUACAACUAUUCUUUUAUGGUAUGUUAAGAUAGGUCAAUAAAAAGCAAAAUUAAAUUUAGAUUUUCAUUGCGUCUAUUUAGCAUGCUUUCUUUCUGAUAGUUCUAAAUUAGUAUCUGGUGGUGAUAAAGAAAAUAUUUAUAUUUUGGAUUUUCAAACAGCAUUAUUGGAUAAUAAAUAUAAAAAUACCUUUAAAUAGAUUUAAAAAUCUCUUUGA